UCCGUGAUAUGUCUCGACCCGAGCUCCUCCGCUGCUGUGCACGCAGUAUUCUUCAUUAAUGCAGGUAUCAUCAUGAUAAACAUGCGAGUACCUACAUGCUGGAAGACCAUGAUUCUUCCCUUAAAAGAUGGAGCAACAGCGUCUGCUGAGCGGUAUCCAUGGAUCCCUCUGAUUCUUUUCCUGAACCUGGUUUUGUUUGUUACACGUCUGCCCACCAAUCUGCAGGUUCACGCGGGAGUUUUCUGCCUAUUGAUGACUCAGAUUAUUUAGUCACGGUUCCUUUCGAGAGUCGAAACAGAAGCGUGGCUGCUGGUUUCGUACGACCUCCUCCUCAUAUACUACAUGCGCCACAGUCCAGUCGUCCCUUAGUUUAUCCAUGGACUGGAUCAACGUACCUGGAUAUUCACUGGGUGAACAACCAGACAGCGGGAAUGAGCAUCCUUCGACCACCCGCUCCCGCACCUAUUCGUCAGAUGCAAGACGAUUUGCUUGAAAAUUUCCAUGAGAUCUCCGAUAACCUACCACUUCACCCUCAGCGUGUUACUAGCCGCUUCGAGCCAUACCACAAUGAUCGUUCCCAUAACUACCAUGGCGCAUUUCUUUGCCGGUGGGACAACGAAGGAACCCUUUGUGGUGACGAGCUUCAAGCUACACCCAAGAUUAUUCUCGCUCACCUGCGCCAGAAUCAUGGUAUUGGGAUUGGGAACAAAGAAACCUACGGCUGUCUUUGGAAAACAGCUCAUGGUUGCUGUGGGGAUCAGCUGAGGUUUCAGAGUUUUGGGCGUCACAUCAUCAAGCACACUGGUAUCAGAUUCAAAUGUUCUCUGUGCGAUACGAUAAUGCCAGCUCGGAAUGACUCCAUCCCCAGACAUCGCCAUAGUCACCCAAAUUGCUCUCAAGCAGAAUUCAUCAUUAUUCCAGGUCUCGAUAGUCAAACGUCUUUCUGACAAUGGCCACCACCCCUUUGCGAUGUCUCAGAUGGUUUGUCGCAUGCUAUGUGAUACUUAAACCCCUCUCAGCUGGCUGUGUUGGGAGUAGUUUUCGGUUUGGUUUAACGGAGUUUUGACAUUGUUGGGCCUGCGGCCUCUCAUACUCGGCCUUCUCCAUUGGCUUCUCCUCAUCUUGCACACACUGGUUGCCUGCUUGGUUGGGUUGUCAAUUAUUGAUUCCCAUACGGACAUCGACAAUUACUCUCCAUUGAUAUGGAG